CCCGGAAGUUAUGAAGAUACAGUUGCCUGCUCUGUAAGAUGAAUGCAAGACUAGUAUUUAACUCAUUGUUUUGACGUUUUUAAAGUAAGAAAUGGCGUGGAAAAGCAACGGCUCUCCUCUUCCUCCGGCCUCAUUACAUCUCCUUGUCCCUCCGGUGAGACUAAUGUCUGCUUUCAUAUGGCAAAUAGUACAGCAGCACAACGUGAAGCAGUAUGACAAGCUGGUGGACUUCAUCAGUUUGGCGACAGAGAUCGUCCCAGAGCUUUUGAAUCCCAGUCAGAAAGCUCAGCUCAUCCUGGGCCUGCGAGCAAGGCUGGUUCUGGAGCUGUGUCGUGGUGAUGGCGCAGCCAGCCUGCAGACCAUCCAGAGCCACCUGAAUAAAAUCCACGCCUGCUGCGCUGAACUGAGCUCCACUGAGCAGAUGGUCAGGGAUGAUUUACUGAAGACCUCUUACACCAACUUUGCCAGCCUGGUUCAGAAUCUUUUGAGUGUUCCUCAUGAAAAGGAGUUCUUCUUCCAAGAGGUUUUUCCUGCAAACUACGGCUCUAACUAUGACCAAAGACUGCAGCAGCUGGUGUCUGAGUUCCUGUCCAGGCUGGAGCAGCUGCUGCCCAUACCAGACCUGCAACAGACAGCAGCAUGGCUCACUGAAACAACAUCUGUUGGAGAUGAAUUUGGACUGCAUCUGUCUGAACCCUUUGCUCUGAAGACUCUGCUGCUUCACCACAUAAAGUUGGGCACUCUCAGCUCUGCUCCUUCCAGCAGUGAGGAAGAUAUCCUGUUGUCCACUCUGGCUCUCCCUUCCCAAGCCGGGGUGGACCGGUUCAGUGAGCCUUUCAGUGAAGAUGAUGAUUAUGACAAUGAGGAAGAGACCCCGGAGUUGGAAGAUUUGGAAGAAGACUCCAGUCAAAGCUCAGACGUCACAGCAAACGACUGGCUGCCAAAAAGGGAAUCAGGUCACCUGUCCUGUUUAUUCAUCUGCCCUCAGUGUUCAUUCUCUCACCGCACAAAGAGAAAGGUCCAAGAGCACAUUCGUAGUCAGCACAGCAUCACAGUUCCCAUUCGGAAAAAGCUAUCCAUGAAAAAAGCCAGAGCAAAGACUCAGCAGAAAAGUAAAGACUUUAAAGCCGAAAAGAAGAAAGUACAAGGCCACUCUGAGAAAAAGAGGAAACUCAAACAAAAAGACAGUAUUGAAAAAAAGCGGGAACGUAAGCAGAAGAAGGACAACUUGGAAAACAAGGAACGUCGUAGACGGAAAGAGCCCACGGGGGAAGACAAGAGGUUUCUGAGCACGCGACCUGUGAACAAAAAUUUCACAGAGGAAGAAACCAAAUGCCCGAAGUGUGAAAAGGUUUUUGAACAUCCAAAUCAACUGAAGGCUCACAUGAAGCUCCACAGCUUUGCGUACCACUGCAGCCAAUGUGAGAAGGGAUUCACCAGCUCGUCAGGUUAUUAUCAGCACCAGAGACUCCACAAGAGAGGGCGGAUAUUCAUCUGCAGCCAGUGCAACAAGGGAUUCCUGUGCAACUACUCGCUCAAGCAGCACGAACGCCUGCACGAAGGCCCCACCAACCUGUGCACGAUCUGCGGGAAAGGCUUCAGCAAAGCGGGCAUCACGAGACACAUGCAGAUGCACAAAGGGGAGAAGAACUUCUUGUGCACCACGUGCGGGAAGUCAUUUUUAUCUUCCGGGGAGCUGCUGCUGCACACUCGGUCUCACACGGGUGAGAUGCCGUACACCUGCACCCACUGCGGGAAGGGCUUUCCAGCAAGAGUCACCUAAACGUCCACACGCGCUCUCACACGGGGGAGCGUCCGUACGUGUGCUCAGAGUGCCCGAAGCGCUUCCUCACACUGAACUGCCUGAAGAGACACAUGCUCAGCCACAACGGGGUGAAACCAUUUAAGUGUCCAAACUGCGAGAGAGAAUUCUCGCAGCAGGGAAAUCUGAAGAGACACUUGGCAACUCAUAAACCGGACACGCAAUCAUCACAAUUUAGUCAUAAAUAACAAAUCGUCAAGGCUUUUGAAAAGCUGCGUUAAACCAAAAUUUACUUUAAUUGUACCAAGACAAAUGAACAGUCAUGUUUAUAAAGUGUUUAUGGUUUAGUUAGUUAUUGUGUAAUCGCUAGCAACAAUUGGAAAGAAGCCUCAUUAUAUACAGUUACCAGACUAGCAGCGUUUUACAAUCACCAAUACUGAUGUCACCCAACAUCACCCAAGAAUCAUCCGUCGUCAGUCAUCGAAAUGACUGUGUAAAUACCCUCACAAAGGAAAAAACACUAGAAAAGCUGUGAUGGUGAUCAAGACAAGUGAUGUUAGAUACAUCUUUCAGCCUUUAAAUCCAGUGUGGAUUACAGUUCAGUUUCAUCAAUGCCUAAAGAAUACUUUUUUUUUUUUUCUAACUCAUCAAUCUUUAUUUGAGAAAGCCUGUUAGCAGUUCAGGGUUGUGUGUGAGUUUAUAACAUACAGUACCUGUGAGCACCUUUUCUUACCUUGUCCACAGGAGGGUUGAAAUAGGCAGGCUCCAAUAAACACUCGAUCACUUGUA